AUGUCGGAACCAACAUACAACUUCCCCUCGGUGGAGGAAACCACCAACCACCCAGCAUACAAAGGCACCAUCUGGAAGCUCAAGCCUCACUCAUCCGGCCACCUGCCCGUGGCCAAGGGGCGCGGCGGCCCCCUAAACAUCUACUGGGAAGUGCACGGCACCGGCCCAACCAAGCUCAUUGCAAGUCUUGCCCCCCCUGUGCCGUCCCAAGACGCCAUCUAA